UAACUCAAAGUAAUGUUCAUAUCGCCACUGUCAAAAGCUGUAGACAAUGGUAUCAUUUUCUUCUCCCUGUGCAGGAGCUAUAGUGAAAGGAGAAAAACCAUAUUGGAUGACCUUUUUUCCCUUCUGCAGAUAACUGAAGAGUGUUGCACAAGUAGUGACACAAUAGUUUGAUUUUUAACUGUAAUGUGAUAAAUUUAGUAAACGAAUAUUAGUGAAUUGCAGAAAAUGGUAAUGGCAUAACGGUAACAUGUUUCUUUCUAACUAAAUACUGCUUGAGUGGUUGUCCCAUACAGCCGUGAAAAAGUACACAGUCUUUCUAUUCAAAGAUUUUAAUGUAUCAGCACAUAAUAGGAUUUAAAAUUAUUUAAAUACAACCUCAGGUGAACAACAGUGCAUGAUGUAUUAUACCACAUCAUUAGUCGACAAAAAGGAAGCCAAAAUGGAAAAAGCAGUGUUAAAAAAAAACAACCCCUAACUGAAGCAAUUAGUUGAAGUAAGCCUUUGCUUUAAGACUUUAUCACUCUUUAUCGCUCUUACAUCAUUGUGGAAACAUUUGGGCCACUCUUCUUUUCAAUAUUGUUUCAGUUCAUUGAGGUUUUUGUACAACUCUCUUAAUAUCCCUGCCACAGUAUUUCAAUUAGGUUUUGGUCUGCACUUUGACUGGACCAUCACAACAACUUUAUUCUUUUCUCUUAUACCGUUCUGCUGUAGAUUUGCUAGAGUGCUUUGAUCAUCGUCCUGUGGCAUGUCCCAAUUUGGGCCAAGCUUUAGCUGUUAGACAGAUGCUGUCAUAUUUGACUCGAGACUAUUUUGUUAAUACGGUCAAUGACCGCAAGUUACCCAGGUGCAGCUUGUAGUGGUUGCAAAACAAUCAAAUUCUAACCCCUCCACCACAAUGCUUGACAGUUGGCAUGAGGUGUUUACGCUGAUACCUUGUUUAGUUUUUGCCAAAUGUGCUGUCGUGCGUUCCAGCCAAACAUGUCUACUUUGGUCUUGUCCAGCGGACAGUUACGGGAGUCUUGUGGUUUGUUCACAUGCAGUUUUGCAAACCUAAGCUGUGUUGCCAUGUUCUUUUUAGAGAGAAGGUUUCUACUGGCAACCCUGCCCAACACCCUAUAACUUGUUCAGUCUUUUUCUAAUUAUACUGCCACGACAUUUAACAUUUGUCAUGCUAACCGAGGCCUGUAGAGUCUGAGAUGUUGCUGUUGUUGUUUUUGUUUUUUUGUUUUUGUUUUUUUUGUGCUGUUUCUCUGAACAUUGUCUCAUUUUGGGUGAAUUUCAACUGCUGGGAAUAUUAACAGCUGUCAUGAUUUUUUUUUUCCACUCGAAUGAUGGACUUGAUAUUGUUUGGAAAUUGCGUUAUAAUCCUUUUACAGAUUGAUAGACAGUAAUAAUUGAUUUUUUUUUUAAAGAUCAUUGCUGAUGUCUUUCCAUCUUGGCAUUAUGUUAAGACACACCUGAAUGCUCCAUCCCCACAAACUGCUAGGACUGAUUUAAAAAAAAAAAAGAAAAAAAAAAGAAGUUCUGAUUAUGUUAAAAAAACAGCUGAAUAUGAUAAAUGGCAUUUGUGUAAACAUAAAUCUCUUUGUAAAGGUAAUGUUACUUUAUAUUUUAUUGACAUAGAAGUGGAAAUUGAACAAUAAUGUUUGGACCCCCUUGUACCCGUAUUAAUUUUCAGGAUCUUCGUUAAGUUGGUGUAUUAAUCCAUGUUGGGACCUUUUUGUUUAAACUUAGUUGCCUUUAUUUAAUCCUGGCAUUUUUUUUAUGCUGUUCUCCAGUAAAUGAGUAUCAAAGUAAAGGAGGUUUCUUAAAGACUAAUUGUAGUGCCUGAGUUGUUGGGAGAGGUUUUGUGUGUACUGCAUGAAUCACAGUUGGUGGUGUGUUGUCAGUAGCCAACUAGGUAUAUAUCACUGAGGUCUCUGCCCAUCCACUAAUCCUCUCCCACACCCCUGCCUCCCUCACUUCUUUCUCUCCAGCCUAAGUAUAAUAUCUAGUUUGUCUCAGACACAUUCAUCUGCCCCCUGAGUGGCUUCUUACAGAUUAACUGUGGAUGGAGUUUGGAGGCUGCAACCUCUCACUGAUCACUCAGCGUUUAACUCGAGCUGGGUCUGUAUGGUAACUGUGCAGCUGUAGACUUUGAGACCUGUAUGGAAACUGCGUGCAGAUCUAACAGCACAGUGAGUUGCUGCUGAUGACCCAGGACUCGGGAGAGGCUGUGGGUGUUGUGGUUUGUCCAGGAGAUGCGUGAAGGAGCCCUGGUAUGUUUCUGUACAAAGCCCUUAAACACAGAGAUGAAGAGGAGGACAUCCAGUCCCAGAAAUCCUGGAUAGAAAGCACUUUCACCAAGAGGGAAUGUGUGUACAUACUUCCAGUGUCAAAGGACCCCCACAGAUGCCUUCCAGGAUGCCAGAUUUGCCAGCAGCUCGUCAGGUGCUGCUGUGGGCGGCUGGUGCGCCAACAUGCUGGCUUCACAGCCAGCUUGGCCACCAAGUACUCAGAUGUGAAGUUGGGUGAGAGCUCCAAUGUGCCUAUGCCCGAGCUGGAGGAGUGGUCAGUGGAAAAACACACAGAGGCCAGACCCACUGAUGCCUAUGGUGUCAUCAACUUCCAGGGAGGGUCUCACUCAUACAGAGCCAAGUAUGUACGUUUGUCCCAUGACACGAGGCCAGACAGCAUUUUACGACUGAUGCUAAAGGAGUGGCACAUGGAGCUUCCCAAGAUCCUCAUUUCUGUCCACGGAGGAGUUCAGAACUUUGACCUGCACCCCCGCAUUAAGCAGGUGAUCGGCAAGGGCCUCAUCAAAGCUGCUGUCACCACCGGGGCCUGGAUUCUCACCGGUGGUGUUAACACAGGUGUAGCAAAACAUGUGGGAGAUGCUCUCAAAGAACACUGUUCAAGAUCAUCAAAGAAAAUUUGCACUAUCGGGAUUGCACCCUGGGGAGUGAUUGAAAACAGGAACGAUCUCAUUGGCAGAGACAUUAUUGCUCCAUAUCAGACACUACUGAAUCCUCUCAGCAAACUAAACGUUCUCAACAGCCUGCAUUCCCAUUUCCUCCUUGUGGAUGAUGGGACGGUGGGAAAGUAUGGCGCUGAAGUAACAUUGCGGCGGGAACUGGAGAAGCAUAUCAACCUCCAAAAAAUACAUGCCAGUAAGAACUUUUUUUUUGGUCAUUAAUGUAAAAGUACAUGCUUAGUGCUGCAACAAAAGAGCAUGCAUACACUCACACACACAAACCGAUAUCAACAUACAUAAGUCCCAUUGCAGCUGAAUGUGUGCUGUUCUGGUGCAGGUGAAGACUGUGUGAUGUGUCCAUGAAUGCCACACUUGUGAGAUUGACACAAGACUCAACAUUGCACUGUAAAUAUAUUCAAAAAUCUCAGACUUCGCACUACCUUUGGAACUAUGAGUUGGACAAAUUAAUCAGUCACUUCUUCUACCAUUAACAACAAACACAAGAAAAGAAAACCAGGGCUGGUUCACAAACCUCUAAAAAGACUCUGACAUAAAUUGCUAAACACUCCUGAAUCUUUACCAGAUUCAAAUUUUGCUCUUAUCCAUAGAACCAACACUAUCUGGAUUUUAAACAGACUCUUUAAUAGAAAUCCUGCAUAAUGUGUUUCAAGCAUAAAGUGAUAGUCUGGAGUUUAACUAGGGCCAGAAAGAAGCACUGGUCAAAGAUGAUAAUAAUACACUACAAACCUUGACUCUCACCACCCAACUGAACAUUAUCAUAGCUGAAAGUAAAAUGAAAGAAACUAUAUUCUGGACUUGAAAACAAGCAGCAAUAGGGACACCCUGGUCGUUUCCAGCAUACAGGAACGUAGAACAGAUGAAUUUCAUGGUGACGAGACUAGAACUACACCCCCCCCUGUCAGUAGCAUCACAUCUCACUGUGUAAACUGGAAAUUAAAAAAAAAAAAAAAAAAGUAACAUAACAUCCUACACUGAAUGUCACCAAGUUUGGACAUUAUAAACAUAAUGAACAUAUACAAUAUGCCAAGGCAGACAGCUUAAAUGGAUGGACAGUGGACUCAAUGACCAGUUUCCAUGCGAAGUAAUUGAAGGAAAAAAACUGAAAACGGUACAUCAAAGAAGCUAUAUAAAUCACAGAAAAGAUAUAAUUGAUGAAAACUCUACUGUAACAAAAAUGUGACCCAAUUGCUUUUCUAGUUCCCCAACCCAAAUCUGAAUCACUUCCUUUUCACUCACAGAGUAUUUUACCAAUCAUUUGCUGCAUCUCCCCACUCCUUAGCAGUUUUCUCCGGCUUCUAAACGAACAUAGACUGAAAUGGCUUGAGAUCUAAAGCGCUAUAGUGUCCCUUUUUGUUUAAUUAUUUGGGUUUUGGUCUUCUGUUCAUUUUUAUGCCAUAUUUUUUCUUCUGUUUCUGUUAUCACAAAUGGUAUGAUUACACAAACAUCAUUCACCACACGUGUAUACAGACAUCUGUCUGUAGUCAAUAUUAACAAUGGUUUAAUGAUAAUAAUUAUGUCUAUUGCAUUUAUUUAUCUAGUCUUUUACAAUUUUUCUUCUUCACUCACAAACUUUUCUAUUUGUCAAAAGGGGUAACAGACAGAUGGGCUCCAACACUAAACAAACAUUAAAAUCUACAUGAAUAAAAACAUUUUAAUGAUUGGUUUUAGUUGAGGCAGUCUUUGAUUACACUGUCCAUUUCACAAGGAAUUGGCCUGUAUAAGUUUUUUUCCCCCCUCUAGUCUGUGAAUUUUCUUUUUAACACGUAAUUUCAUAAUUUUAACACAUGAUUAUGAAAUGUAAAAAAACAAAUUAAUCAUCAGUGAUCAUGCCCCACUAAACCUUAGACAGAAAAUGAAACCGUCUAACAAAUGAUUCAGUACCUGUCAUCUAACUACAUCGAUAAAAAAUUAAAAUUUGACAAAUUAAAAGCGGAGCAUUUUAGACCAGGAAACACAACAUAAAUAUUAUCCUGUGAGGGUAUUUAAAUAUCUUAGUGGAGAGGGAAUACAGGGAUGCAAAAGGAAGAUACGGAAACAGAAAUUUCUGAUUUGGCCUCUGCCCACUUUUAUGCUGUAUGACCUGAGCUGAUGGUAAGCGUGCUUGCUUUGGCAACGCAUUGACACAGUAUGGAUCAACCUGGAGCUCAUUCAGCAGUCAAAUGCUGGGUCUUUUGUUUUGUUUUCCCUUCUACAUUGACAGAGUUGUCGUUUGCUAGGCUGU